CUACAGGGACACGCGUAACGCGACAAUGGCGACCUGAAAGGCUGGCGUGCGUUUCCUUGCUUCGUACACUUUUGACAUCUCGCCAGUGUUUACCGUGUCCUUUUCGCGGAUUCUUGAAUGUGAAAUCGGUCCGUGCUACCGUAAAAUAUGUGACUGGUGAAGUGCGAACGCGAGAAACAAAAAAUCGCGUCGAUCCAACCAUUAAAGCUAGCUAGGCGCACGACACAAUUCAAUGGUUUGGUCCCUGCCGAAAAAACGGGAUAGCCAUGUACGCAUCGAUAUCUUGUCAAUUAUAAUGUGCUGUGGAGCAGCGGAAGACGUUUGUCACCGAAAAUAUUGUGGUGCUGAUAAGGCAUGUUAAAAUAAGGGAAGAGAGCGAAGGAAAUGAGCCACAAUAUUGCAGGCAUGCCACCCUUUGCGAGGAUGCCUUUGGGGGGUAUGGGUAUGGGUGUGAAUAUGGGACCUAGUGCCCCACAUCCUGAAUCUUCUGCUCACCCUCAUCCACCGCCACCACCACCUGCCGGUGCGAACCCCAAAAAGAAGAGACGUACCAAUGCGAACGUCGCUCAACCACCACCGCAACAACCUCCAUCCGUGCAAGAUUUGUUACCUCCGCCAUUGACGGGGUAUGGAGACACGAUAGUGGCGAGUAACCCUUUUGACGAUACGCCGCCGCAAACGACGCAAACUCCCAUGAUGCACGGUGGACCGCCUCAUAUGCAUCCGCACCAUCCGCAUCACAUCGGUGGGCCACCCAUGAGAGGCAUGAGUCCGUUAACUUCGAUAGGCGGCAUGAGUCCUAUGAUGCCUCAUAACAUGGGUAGCAUGAGCCCUAUGGGAAACUCGCCUAUGACGAAUCAUAUGAAUCAUAUGGGAGCCAUGUCACCCAUGAAUCACGCGCCGAUAGGUGGUAUGAGUCCCAUGAACAAUAUGGGUCCCAACAUGCCACCCGGUCCAAUGAAUACCAUGAACAAUCAUAUGAAUAUGAGUCACAUGGGCAACUCUCAACUCAGCGGUCCACCCAUGGGUAGUCCAAUGAACAACAUGAACAGCGGACCAAUGGGCAGUCCUAUGAAUAACAUGGGACACAGCAUGGGCAGUCCUAUGGGCGGUCCAUUAGGAUCUCCCAUGAACACUAUGGGAGGAUCGAAUCACAUGCCCAAUGGACCAAUGAAUAUGAAUAAUAUUAAUAGCCAUAUACCACCCAACAGUCCAUUGAACGGGCCUUCUAUGAACAAUGUGAACAGUCCACUGGGACACAACGGAUCUCAACCCCAUCCAAAUCACAUGGCUAAUAAUCUUAACAAUUUAGGAAGGCCCAUGAACGGACCUAUGACCACUAUGAGCUCCAUGGUGACUAACAAUAUGAACAUGAGCGGUCCGAAUCCAAUAAAUAGCAUGAACAUGGGCGGGCCACCAAUGAACAAUAUGUCCAAUAUGAGUAUCAGUCAUCACAAUCAAAUGAGCCACAUGGCAGGCCCGAUGGGCACUAUGUCCAGUAAUAUGGGUGGCGGUCCACCGAUAGGCCAUCCGAUUAACAUGGGUGGUUCUAUGCCGCCUCAUGGUUUUCAAGGCCCACCGGGAAUGGGACCAAAACCAAUGCCAGUUUCAGCAGGAAAAAUAUACCCUCCGAACCAACCAAUGGUAUUUAAUCCACAGAAUCCCAAUGCUCCGCCCAUUUAUCCUUGCGGAGUGUGUCACAAAGAAGUGCACGAUAAUGACCAAGCGAUUCUUUGCGAGUCUGGUUGCAAUUUCUGGUUUCACAGAGGAUGCACAGGAUUGUCGGAAACCGCCUAUCAAUUACUAACGGCAGAGGUUUACGCGGAAUGGGUGUGUGAUAAGUGUUUGCAGUCGAAAAAUAUACCUUUGGUCAAAUUUAAACCAUAACACUUCUUGACACGUCGUAUAUGCGACGCACGAGUGACUCUUUGUUAGCGUUUACACCUUGUAACACGCACAUGUGCGCGUGCGAUUGCACACACGUAUACACAUGCGAUAUACACUAGUGCACGGGCGAAAUCGUGCAUAUAUUAUAAACAUGCGCUGUUUGUUAAUAUCUUAGCUUUAACUUGUUGAAAUAUUAGGGUAUCAUUGCGAGAGUGGUAUCGAUGAUUCAGAGGACCGCGAAGGAGCAACAUAUGUUCGAAAGUUAAAUGAAAUUUUGAGUCUGUUCAUGACAAGUGGAUUCGUCCAUUUAACAAAAAAGUUUAUUUAUAAAAUGAGCUCGAGAGGAUUUUCUAGACGGUUGAUUUGUUUUCUGUUACCGUUAGAACGUAAAAAGCAUAUUAAAAACAAAAGUCCAGGAGGCAUGCACGUUUUUUAAGCAAAGCUGUGAGAGAAAAAAAAACCUUAAUGAAAAAAAUAUAAAAAGAAAGAGAGAGAGUGAGAGAAGUGUCUGAGAGAGUAUAAAAACGUGGAAAGACCUCGUUCGAUUGUCAUCGUAUCUGUUAAUUGCAUUUAAUUCGAAACUUGAAAGGAUAAUCAUAUGUGUACAGUAAAGAAAUAUACACGUGAUGAUUGGCGACAAACGGAUCCUGAAAAUACACAUCACUGGCAGGUAAACGAAUGUUCUGCUCGUUUCGUUGAAAUUCGGAUGAACGUUCCUGGUAAAUUACACGUCGACAAUGUGUGUAUCAUUUAACGAAUAUCGCUGUUUGUCAUCAGGCUCGUCGCGUCGAUCAAGGGAACUCCAAAAACCAUCGAGUGGUACUUUCAAAAAUCUAAAAAAAAGAAAAAAACAAAAAAGAAAGAAAGAGGGAGAAAGGAUGAAUGCACAUUUAACUAUCUAAGGACAGAGUUAUGUGAAUAUCGGACAAUUGUGAAAUCGUUCUCGUAAAGCGAUAUUUUAUUGUAAAUGUUCAUAUCUACCAUGGAGUAUUUGAGACGUCGAAAAAGAUAUCCUGAAUCCAGUGUUUUCGCAUAAUUCAAUGAUUACCGAAGUAUUUUGGGUGCUUCAAAGAAACGCGUUUGAGCACAGAUACCAGAUACGCAAACGCUGUUUCUUUGCCCCCCCCCCCUCCCCCCAACCCCCCCUCAAACAACGUAUUAACACAUAUGAAAGUGCUACAACUCUUGUAUUUUUAUAUUUCAAGUAUUUUCGUAUAAACCAUGGUCAGUUAUAUACUUUCGAGAUAUGUUAGUGUUAUAGUUUAGAGUAUAUCCAGAAUGUAAAUAGAAGUUUUAAUACAGCAUAUGUAUAAAAAUAUUUCUAUCUGUUUGCAGGGAUCUAUCGAAGGCUUGUAUCGUUAAGAGAAACAGAGAGAGAGAGAGAGACGGUGGAAAAAUAGGGACAGGUUUCUGUUUCACCGAAGAUCGUAUAUCCUUUCUUGCCAUGGUUUAUGCUGUUAAUUCAUUCGACACGCAUCAAUAACGCGUUCUUUUAACUUUUCUACGUGGGUUCUCCGUGUGUUUUAGAAAGAGAGCCGAGAUAACUACAGGAAUUCGUUCGCCCGACUAUUAUACUGUCCAGUAUAUAUUUUACGCUGCGGCAAUUGGGGAUUCUUGUAAAUUUCUUAAAAAUCUACAAGAAUCGCGCGUUGCUUCGCGGGAACGUAAAAAGCGAAAAUUUAUUGUACAGCGUUGUUUGCCGUACCUUUGUCUUAGUGAAAAGUCUCGCGGAUGAACACUCCGAAAGCACGGAGAACUUUGUUUUCUAGAAGCCCGACGGUAACGAAUUCGUGCGAACACGAAUCAAGCUCAAGAUACUACAUCAAUGUACCGAAUGGAGUGUCCUGUUUAGUUACAGUAACUAAAUUUUCACACACACACACACAUACACACACCAUAAACAUUCACUCUCGCGCAUACAUACGCAAUAUCGAAUACACGCCCCUUGUCAUCGAUGGACUGCGGGCCUUUAUGCGUUCGUAGCAAUUAUUUAACGAAAUGCCGAUUUGAAUCAGUACGUAAACUAUUCGGGCUCAGUCGAUUUAUGUUGAUAACGAUUAUUUAAACGAAUGUGGCACGUCUUUCCAAUCUCCUUAGGAGUUAGCCAAGUCUAACGAAUAAUUCGUUUUAGGACUCGCGUGAAGAUCCGCAGUCUCUCGAAUCGGAUACUUGGUGUAUCAUGAACGAUACAACCAAGUACAAUCGACGCGAACGAUUGACGGAGUAGAGAAUAAAAGGGAAAAAAAAACGAGGGGAAGAGAAAACUGAAUUCCGUUGGCAGCUAACGCGAAAUUAAACGAGUCCCACGGAUUGUAUAGUUUCCUUUUUCUUUUCUAUAUACAUAUAUACAUAUGUAUGAAAUAUAGCCAAUUUUAUCAUUUUA